AGCCGGAUCUCAGUCAGUGUGGAACUAGGUUGCCGCACACGUUGGCGGGGGUAGGAGGGUGUCAGACUGCCCUCCGCACCACGGAAGAUCCAUCCCGGAAGUGCUUACUGGUCUCCAUGCGCCGGUUCCUGGGCGUCGUAGAGUCAAGGCGCGAGGCUCGGACUGAGAGGUAGAGCUGGGGGGACCGUAAGCGCCCUCCGCCCGGGACGUGAAUCGCUGCUCCCACUGGGCUAGACCCGGCGCCAUCAUGCUGCUCUUGCCAAGCCCCGCGGACGGCCGGGGCACCGCCAUCACCCACGCUUUGACCUCUGCCUCUACACUUUGUCGAGUUGAACCUGUGGGAAGAUGGUUUGAAGCUUUUGUUAAGAGGAGAAACAGAAAUGCUUCUGCCUCUUUUCAGGAACUGGAGGAUAAGAAAGAGUUAUCUGAGGAAUCAGAAGAUGAAGAAUUGCAGUUGGAAGAGUUUGCCAUGCUGAAAACACUUGAUCCCAAAGACUGGAAGAACCAAGAUCAUUAUGCAGUUCUUGGACUUGGCCAUGUGAGAUACAAGGCUACACAGAGACAGAUCAAAGCAGCUCAUAAAGCAAUGGUUUUAAAACAUCACCCAGACAAACGGAAAGCAGCUGGUGAACCAAUAAAAGAAGGAGAUAAUGACUACUUCACUUGCAUAACUAAAGCUUAUGAAAUGUUAUCUGAUCCAGUGAAAAGACGAGCAUUUAACAGUGUAGAUCCUACUUUUGAUAACUCAGUUCCUUCUAAAAGUGAAGCAAAGGAUAAUUUCUUCGAAGUGUUUUCCCCAGUGUUUGAAAGGAAUUCCAGAUGGUCAAAUAAAAAAAAUGUUCCUAAACUUGGUGAUAUGAAUUCAUCAUUUGAAGAUGUAGAUAUAUUUUAUUCUUUCUGGUAUAAUUUUGAUUCUUGGAGAGAAUUUUCUUAUUUAGAUGAAGAAGAAAAAGAAAAAGCGGAAUGUCGUGAUGAGAGGAGAUGGAUUGAAAAGCAGAACAGAGCAACAAGAGCACAAAGAAAAAAAGAAGAAAUGAACAGAAUAAGAACAUUAGUUGACAAUGCAUAUAGCUGUGAUCCAAGGAUAAAAAAGUUCAAGGAAGAAGAAAAAGCCAAGAAAGAAGCAGAAAAGAAAGCAAAAGCAGAAGCUAAACGGAAGGAGCAAGAAGCUAAAGAAAAACAAAGGCAAGCUGAAUUAGAAGCUGCUCGGUUAGCUAAGGAGAAAGAAGAGGAGGAAGUUAGACAGCAAGCAUUGUUGGCAAAGAAGGAAAAAGAUCUCCAGAAAAAAGCCAUUAAGAAGGAAAGGCAAAAACUUCGAAACUCAUGCAAGACCUGGAAUCAUUUUUCUGAUAAUGAGGCAGAGCGGGUUAAAAUGAUGGAAGAAGUGGAAAAACUUUGUGAUCGGCUUGAACUGGCAAGCUUACAGUGCUUGAAUGAAACACUCACAUCAUGCACAAAAGAAGUAGGAAAGGCUGCUUUGGAAAAACAGAUAGAAGAAAUAAAUGAGCAAAUCAGAAAAGAGAAAGAAGAAGCUGAGGCUCGUAUGCGACAAGCAUCUAAGAACACAGAAAAAUCAACUGGUGGAGGUGGAAAUGGAAGUAAAAAUUGGUCAGAAGAUGAUUUACAAUUACUAAUUAAAGCUGUGAAUCUGUUCCCUGCUGGAACAAAUUCAAGAUGGGAAGUUAUUGCUAAUUACAUGAACAUACAUUCUUCCUCUGGAGUCAAAAGAACUGCCAAAGAUGUUAUUGGCAAAGCAAAGAGUCUCCAAAAACUUGACCCUCAUCAAAAAGAUGACAUAAAUAAAAAGGCAUUUGAUAAGUUUAAAAAAGAACAUGGAGUGGUACCUCAAGCAGACAACGCAGCACCUUCAGAACGAUUUGAAGGUCCAUAUACGGACUUCACCCCUUGGACAACAGAAGAACAGAAGCUUUUGGAACAAGCUUUGAAAACAUACCCAGUAAAUACACCUGAAAGAUGGGAAAAAAUAGCAGAAGCAGUGCCUGGCAGGACAAAGAAGGACUGCAUGAAACGAUAUAAGGAACUUGUCGAGAUGGUAAAAGCAAAGAAAGCUGCUCAAGAACAAGUGCUGAAUGCAAGCAGAGCCAAGAAAUGACUUAAUGACAAUCUUUGUUGUAUGUGCAUUUUUAUAAUAAAACUGAAAAUACUGUAAACAUUUUCAUUCUUAAAAUUA